AUGGCUUCCCAUACUUUAAAAGUCAAAUAUAAUGACAGUAGUUACGAUAACAAUGAUGAUAAUAAUAUAAGAAAGAAAAAUAAAAAUUUUUUUUUUCCAAAAGAUAAAAACCAUAUUAAUAGAAAAAUUUCUAAAGAUAAAAAUUGUAAUCAUAUAAAUUUUUAUGAAGAAGAACCAUAUUUAGAUGACAAAAUUAAUGAUGUUGAUUAUAUAAUAUUAAUAAUUCAUGGAAUAGGGUCUAAUGAGGAUUUAAUUAUAAACCAAUGUGAGGAUCUUAAAAACAGUUUCAAAAUUGUAAAAAAAAUGUGGUUUUUUGAUUAUCCCUUCAAUAUACAUUUUCACAUAUUUAAUUGGAAAAAAUAUAUCAUUGAUGCUCAAAUUCACGUUUUUAACCGAAUAAAUAUAAAUACAAUGACUGAAACCAGAAAAAUAAUAAACCUUUCCGCGAGUGAUAUUAUAUGUUUUUUACACCCACGAUAUGGUGAUUAUAUAAUGCUAAAUCUAUAUAAUGAUAUUAACAAAGCUUUGGAAUCUUUAAAAAAUGAUGAACAUGGUAGAUUUAAACAUUCUAAGAUAUGUCUUUUGGGAUAUUCCUUAGGAAGUGCCAUGGCAUAUGAAAUAUUACAUAAUGUUAAGGUUCGAAUCAGUGAUAAUAAUUUGAAAUAUGAAUUAAAAAGUAAAAUUGAUUAUUUAUUUAUGCUUGGAAGCCCAUUAAGUGCAUUAUUAUCUUUGUAUAAACCAGAAUAUAUAAAUGAUGGUCUUAAAUUAAUUGAUGAUAUAAAAUUUUAUAACAUAUUCCAUGGUUUUGAUCCUGUUGCAUUUAGAAUCGAACCAUUAAUAUAUCCAAAAGUUAAUAAUAUUUCUGAUCCUAUUUUAAUAAAUUAUUGGAGAAACAAUGGGGCAAGAUAUUGGUUUGAAUGGGAUAAAAAUAUGCAAAAUGCCAAAAUAGCCAUUGUACAAAAUUUAAAUGAUAUUACAUCUGCUAUUACUAAUGGGUUCUAUAAAUUUUUAUGGAAAUCAGAACCAAAUACUGAAGAACAAGGCACACUAAAUAAAAAUCUUUGUUAUAAUAAAUGUGAAAGUAAAGAUAUAAAUAUGUUUCUAUUAAAAGUAAAGGAAAACCAAAGAAAAAUUGAAGGAAAUAAACAUAAAAAAAAAAAAAAAAAAAUUGAAGAUAAUUUGUCUAAAAAUCAAAAUGAUAAAAACAAUAUAUAUCAUGAAAUAAAAAAUUUUAAUCAAUAUGAAAAUAAUGAUUCGUGUUCGAAUAACACAUCUAGUUAUGUAGAUAGUACAAAAAGUAUUUAUGCAUCUCAAGAUUCAAAUAGUGAAAACUCAUUUUUUGAUCAUGAUUUUAGUGAUAUUUCAGAUAAUAUUCAAAGUAUAAAUAUAACAAAAUGGGACAUGAUUAAAAAAGAGCAUAUUGAUAAUGGUUACACUGAAAAUGAAAAUGAAACUAUCCAUUAUACUAACAAUGUAUUGGGCAUACAAGAAAAUCAUGAAAAUCAUAAAAAUAACAAUCCUGAUGAAAUCCAAACCAAGAUUAAUAAAAAUAAUACAUUACCAAUUAGAUAUGAUUAUCAAUUACAGGAAUUUAUAAUGGAACAUUAUAUUUAUCCAUUGGCUGUAGCUAAAUCUCAUUUUAAUUAUUUUAUAAUUAAGGAUAUAUCUUUUUUUAUAUUAAAAGAAUUAAUAGAUAAAGAAACUCCAAUAAGUUAUGAAGAAUAUUUAACAGAAAUAGAAAAAGAAUAUAAUAAUAAAUCUGCACAUGAAAAAGAUAAUACUAAAAAAGAGCAAUACCAACAAAUUUCUUUAAAAGCUUCUAAACUAUUAGAAGAAUUUCAUAAGUUUGAAAAAAAUAUGGAAAUAACAUCAGAUCCUUUCAACAUAAAAAAUUUCAAAAAUCUUAUUUGA